AUGGCAACUAUAAACAAUGUGACUGAAAUCAUUCUCUUGGGGUUUUCCCCCAAACAGGAUGUGCAGAAGACCAUUUCUGUGAUGUUUCUCCUCAUGUACACAGCCAUUGUGCUGGGUAAUGGCCUCAUUGUGGUGACAGUCAUGGCCAACAAAGGGCUCACCUCCCCCAUGUAUUUCUUCCUCAGCUACUUGUCCUUUGUGGAGAUCUGUUACUGCUCUGUCACAGCCCCCAAGCUCAUUCUUGACUCUUUCACUGAAAGAAAAACCAUUUCUCUCAAGGGAUGCAUCACUCAGAUAUUUUUCCUCCAUUUCUUUGGUGGCACUGAGAUCUUUCUCCUGACAGUCAUGGCCUAUGACCGCUACGUGGCCAUCUGCAAACCCCUGCACUACACUGCCAUCAUGAACCGGCGUGUGUGUGGCCUCCUGGUUGGUGCAGCAUGGGGUGGGGGCUUGCUGCAUUCUGUUGGGCAAAUGUUUCUCAUUUUCCAGCUACCCUUCUGUGGCCUCAAUGUCCUUGACCACUACUUCUGUGAUGUCCACCCUGUGCUGAAGCUGGCCUGCUCAGACACCUUCCUCAUUGGUGUGCUCAUCAUCAUAAAUGGUGGCACCAUUUCAGUGGUCAGCUUCAUGGUACUACUUGCUUCCUAUGUGGUCAUCUUGAACUCGCUGAGUAUGCGGACCUCAGAGGGUCGGUGCAAGGCGCUGUCCACCUGUGCUUCUCACAUUGCCGUUGUGGGUUUGUUCUUCAUUCCCUGUUCCUUCGUCUAUUUGAGGCCUUGUGUCACCCUCCCUGCAGAUAAGAUAGUUGCUGUGUUUUACACAGUGAUCACACCUCUCUUAAACCCCUUCAUUUACUCCUUCAGGAAUGCUGAAGUGAAAAAUGCCAUGAAGAGACUGAUGAGGAGGACAGUGAUUUGGGAAGAGAAGUAG